AUGAAUUUCACUAUUAUCCGUCAAUCAAGUGGAUUAUGUGUUGUUGCGUCAAUAAAUUGCGAGUUAGAGAGUCCCGCAACAUAUCGUAAUCCGCAUCGAAAUUUAAAUCAACUUGAUGUAGUCAAUCCAACUAUUGAACAAAUCUUAGUUAGUAAACAUGCAGAAGAGAUUUGCAACCAUUAUCGUCAUUAUGCACGUCAAUUAAUUAUACAACUAAAUUUGCCUUCAAUUAGUCAAAGAAUUGAACAUAUAUCAAUGACAUCCUGUAUCAAUGAUCUUGAAUCAACUGGAGAUAAACGCUUUGCAAACAGUAUUAUCCAAUUAUCACUGACAGAUACUAUUGAAAAUUUCAAUAUAAGUGAAGAUCAAAAAAUCAAAUAUUUUGAAAAGAUGGAUUAUAUAUUAGAAACAGUUCUUGAAAAAUCUCUUAGAAUUGUUGAUGACCUUAAAUUGAAAAGUAAUACUAACGAUGUAUUACAAUCAUAUGCGGCGCCAGAAACUGAAAUUUCUCAAGAUACAAUAGUUUUUACAGCUGAACAACUGACUACAACAACAUCAUCAUGUAAUAGAGUAAAUGAAGUGUAG